AUGUCAACGAUUACGUCCACGGCUACUAAGCACAUCGCGGACCAGAUUCCACAGGACCUCAGCUCUCAAGGUGUUCAUAACAUUUCCAUGGGAAACUUGGAGUACAAAAACAAGAGGCCAGUUUUCGAGAGUAAACUUGAAGAAAGAUCGCAUAUUUUAAAGCACAUGGCUUGCGCAUUUCGUGUAUUUGGUAGGAAAGGGUACUCUGAGGGCUCUGCAGGCCAUAUUUCGGUUCGGGAUCCGAUGGACCCUGAAACGUUUUGGAUCAAUCCUUUAGGACGCCAUUUUUCUCUGAUGCGCGUGUCCGAUCUUGUACACAUCGAUGGCAAGGGUAAUAUACUACCGGACGGAAAUCAAGCUGUUAUCAACAGAGCUGGCUUCAAAAUUCAUUCACACCUACACCGGGCUAGACCAGAUGUGAACGCAGCGUGCCAUGCACACAGUGUACAUGGUAAAGCGUGGUCUUCAUUUGGCCGUGAAGUUGAAAUGUUGAAUCAAGACGCCUGCACAUUUUACAAAAAGCACACAGUUUAUGAGAAUUUUGGAGGGGUAGUGCUGGAAGACGAAGAAGGCGAGAGAUUAGCCAAAACCUUGCGUGACAACAAGGCUAUAAUCUUACAGAACCACGGAAUUCUGACCGUUGGCGAGACGAUUGACGAGGCGGCAUACUUGUUUACUUUGCUAGAGCGUACUUGCGAAGUUCAGCUGCAGGUCGAAAUGGCUUCCAAAGCAGGUCUCGAAAAAAAAGUCAUUGGUGAUGAAGAAGCCAACUUCACUUAUUUCAACACUUCUGAUCCAGAAACGCUGUACACGGAGUUUCAACCUGAAUAUGAUUUGGAGAAGGAGUUAACGAACGGAGCCUUUGAAAAAUAG